AGCGUGUGAGAGGCCUUCCGGUUCCUCUGGCAGAUCAGCUGACUCUGAUGCUGCUGUCAGGAGACCUCACCAACUGUAUUGAAUGGCAACUAUGAAAACGAUCAAGCCAUAGACAGCUAUAUAUUUGUUUCACUCCUAACGGCCACAUUUGAUAUUCACCCAGUUUUUCUCGAGCUACACCAGUGCUGUCGAAAACCAUGACAGAGUUUUGGUUGAUCUCUGCACCGGGAGAGAAGACCUGCCAGCAAACAUGGGACACCAUGAUGGCAGCCACCACGCGUACCAACAACCUCUCCACUAACCACAAGUUUAACAUCCCAGACCUCAAGGUGGGGACCCUAGAUGUCUUGGUUGGGCUGUCGGAUGAACUGGCCAAAUUAGACUCCUUUGUUGAAAGUGUGGUGAAGAAGGUUGCUCAGUACAUGGCUGACGUGCUGGAAGACAGUCGAGACAAAGUGCAGGAGAACCUGCUGGCCAACGGAGUUGAUCUCGUCACCUAUAUUACCAGAUUUCAAUGGGACAUGGCAAAAUAUCCCAUCAAACAGUCUCUUAAAAACAUCUCUGAAAUAAUCGCAAAGCAAGUAACCCAGAUUGACAAUGACCUGAAGGCCAGAGCAUCAGCCUACAACAACCUGAAGGGAAACCUGCAGAACUUAGAGAGGAAGAACGCGGGGAGCCUGCUGACCAGGAGCCUCGCCGACAUCGUCAAGAAGGAAGACUUUGUUCUGGACUCAGAGUACCUCAUCACAAUGCUGGUAGUUGUACCAAAGCUGGCGUACGUUGACUGGCAGAAAACAUAUGAGACACUGGCUGAGAUGGUGGUGCCCCGAUCCUCAAAUCUGCUAUUCGAAGACAAUGACAGUGGGCUGUUUAGCGUCACUCUAUUCCUGAAAGCCAUCGACGACUUCAAACACAAAGCCAGAGAGAACAAGUUCACAGUGAGAGACUUUCAGUAUAAUGAGGAGGAGAUGAAGGCAGACAAAGAGGAGAUGACACGCCUCUCCACAGAUAAGAAGAAGCAGUUUGGCCCGCUUGUCCGAUGGCUGAAAGUGAACUUCAGUGAAGCCUUCAUUGCAUGGAUUCACAUCAAAGCACUGCGGGUGUUUGUGGAAUCUGUUUUAAGGUAUGGGCUGCCGGUGAACUUUCAGGCCAUGCUGCUGCAACCAAGCAAGAAGACCAUGAAGAAGCUGAGGGAGGUGCUGAAUGAUCUGUACAAACAUCUGGACAGCAGUGCAGCAGCUAUCAUCGACUCUGCGUUUGACAUCCCGGGCCUGAACCUGAGCCAGCAGGAGUAUUAUCCUUACGUCUACGACAAGAUCAACUGUAACCUGUUUGACUUUAAAGUGUAACACUUUCCCCAUUUUGUCUCGAUGCUGAGUGUUGAUAAUAAGUUAGCUCUCCCCUUCUCUAAACCACCCUCUCCUCCUCCCCUCACUGUCGCCUCUCACCAUCAGCUGCUUGAAUGACAGCGCUGCAUGUUUAUUCCUUGUGGUGAAACUGCCCAAUGGCAAGCUUCUACCACUUAUACAACCAAGGGACAAAAUAAGAAAUACUUUUUAAUUAUUGUUUUUGUUUACAGUUUGUUUUUCUUCUUUUUUUGAUGUGAAAUGGAUUAAGAGAUCAUGUUGAACAUAUGUAUCUUUACUGUGUCAUUCCACACGUGCUGGCUUAUAUUGAUAGCUACACCCUUACUGUUCAGAGAUUUAGUGGUUACAUGUUAUCACUGUUACCCGCGGCAACCAGACCUGCUAUGUGUUGAUAUGAUUGUGGGGUCGCUUUGUGUAACAAGGAUGUGAUUCAAGUGUGCGUGUGUUGUCGUCUCAUGUUGUGUAUAUUUGCUGUCCAAUAAGAUCUGUAUACAGAGUGUUGUGUGUAAGCCAGUGAUUUCAAUAAAUAUGAUUGAUGAAUAAA